CUUCACCUAUGAUAUUACACAUACGAUGAAAAUCCGGCGAUGUUAAGCAAGCUUAUUACUAACUUAAUCAGCACACUCUACAACAAACUUUGAACAGUUUACCUUCAAAAACUUGCGCAUAUGUACAGCCAAGCAGAUAGAGUUUAUUUUUUACCAAAUAGAUCUUGUCUUAAAUAGAUAUUGAUUUUGAAUAUUCUUGCAAUUUUUUCAUUUGCUUUAAGAAAAACAGUUUUGAGUGAAAAGUACAGAAAAUUUGCACCUAAUUAAUACACCUUCGACGAAUUAAACCAUCAAAUUAAAAAAGAAAUAGUUAAUUUAUUAAUAGUUAAUAAAUUUAUACAUCGUAUCGGCACGCAAUGGGUUCGAAGGAGCAGCAUUUUACGACGCAGCUGCUGCAGCACCUGAUGUUGAACAGCCACAUGCGAGUAUUCCACAAUGGGAUGGAGUUGGGCAUGGCUGACGUCGAGGCAUUCUCGCCCGUCGUGUACAACAUUCUGAGAUACAAAAUCAUUAACGACACUAUGCGCAAGAAGACCUACGUCAGGAAAGAUGACGGGGAACUCAUGGAAAUAAUUCGGGACAGAUUCUCAACCAAGACCUACCUGAGGACUAAAUCCGGACGUGUAAUCGAGCUCGACGGUUCUGAAGACGGUGAUGGGGGCAUGGACGUUUACUAUGACCCCUUGACUGGCAAGACGUGGGUGAGGGGUCAAGACGGUGAGAUGUUGGAGCUGAUUAAAGAUGAGAAGACAGGGAAGAUGUAUUUGAGGACUAAGAGUGGUCGGUUGCAGGAGGUCGGAGCCCACCUCGAGUUCUACAAAGAUCCCAUCACAGGGAAGACUAUUCUGCGCGAACGAAAGAAUCCAGGCAUGCAGGUAUUCACAGACCCUGUGACUGGGAAAAAGUACGUCAAAACUGCAGACGGUCAGAUCUUAGAGAUCUGGACUGACCCGGAGACAGGUAAAACUUACAUGCGGACAAAGAGUGGUCGAAUCGUCUCCGAGAUUGACGAGAACAUGAUAUUCUAUACGGAUCCCAGGACAGGAGUGACCUACUUGGCAGCCAAACCAGGAGCUGCGCAGUCUUCGGUGUUCACAGAUCCCAAAACAGGCAAGACAUAUAUUCGAACCAAAUCCGGUCGCAUUGUCGAAGCACCGGUGGAGGAGGGAGGCGAGUUCUUUAUGGAUCCGACCACAGGCAAGAUGUUCCUGCGUACCAAGUCAGGCAACCUCAGAGAGAUCCCAUCUGACGGCGUUGAGGUCAUCAAAGACCCUAGCACUGGCAAAGUGUACAUGAAGACUAAAUCUGGAAGACUGAUUGAGAUCCAGGGGGAUGUUGACAUGUAUGUUGAUCCUAUCACAGGGAAGACUUAUUUGAUGCACAAAGGGUCCAACAUCAUCACUGAUCCCAACACCGGCAAGAAAAUGGUUCGCACGGCUUCAGGGCGCCUGGUUGAGGUCAAAGGUAGCUUCGAGGUUUACGUGGACCCUGACACCGGCAAGACUCUUCUGAUGCAGACAACUGACGAUGGUAAAACCAUCUUGACAGAUCCCAGCUCGGGGAAAGUGUUCAUCAAGACUGCCUCGGGAAGACUUCAAGAAUUGGUGGACGAAGGAGGCAUUCUUUACGAUGCUAGCACAGGAAAGAGUUACUUGCGUACAGAGAGUGGUAAGCUGAUCGAAAUCACCAAUGACAGUGAAAUGUUCGUCGAUCCAGAGACUGGCAAACUCAUGAUGCGCACCAAGAGCGGAAGAGUGCACGAAGUAUCUUCCGAUGUCAAUGUUUUCACAGAUCCAAACACCGGAAGGACCUAUGUACGGACCAAGUCUGGUCGCUACUUGGAACUUGACCCAGACGCUGAGAUUGAAAUUGAUCCGUUAACUGGAAAAAUGUUCAUUCGCACCAAGUCAGGAAAUAGACGCGAGUUGGCCGGUGAGAUGGAGAAAAACAGUUUUGAGUGA